UCCUGAUGCUCACAUCUGCUGCUGAGUGUCAUCUUGGUGUCUCCUAGCAACAAGUCCAUCUCCUAGCAACACAGGACGCACUCUGCUGGUACACAUGGGUUGCUGCUGGUGCUGCCGUUUGCCUUGAACUGCCAAGCGGAGCCAUGGAAGGCAUGGGCGCCUCCGCGGCCUUUUGGAAACACAUCCGCCAGCUGUGCCUGAAUCAAUUUCCCUGUGGGAUCGGGAGCUGGAACAAGUCCCGCUUCCCACCAAGCACGGCCAAAACUUUUGGCAGCCAUGCCUUCAUUCCCAUCAAGCCGCCCUUCCGCGGUGGGCCUCCACCGCCGGAGGAAGAGACCACAGAAGCACUGAUUGAGUUUCUGAGAAGUCCCGGCUCGCCUUGGGUUCUGCCACGUGACUGCGGUGCCAUGGACCAGCAACUGAGAGAGCUAGCAGUGCAUUGGCCACAUAUCAUUAAAGACAGCUUCAUCCUCUCCUUCUUCAGGUCACUUCGGAUCAUCAACAAAGAUGUGACUGAAAUUGAUGCGGGCUUAUUAAAGUUUCCAAAUUUGGAAGAGCUCAUCCUGAGCACAAAUCAGAUCAGCAGAAUCGAUUCCACUAACCUCCCCCCGACGCUGAAGGUGCUGGAGCUUUGUGGGAAUAAAGUGGAUAGCUUGAAGGACCUGUGUGAGCAUGCACCGCCAUCACUCCAGCACCUUGGCCUGGGCCACAACUGCGAGCUGGGCUCACCCGAGGAGCGAUACCUCACGGCCAAUUUCUGGCCAAACUUGGUCUCCCUGGACUUAAGCUACAACAAUUUCAACAACUUGCUAAGCCUCAUUUCCAAGCUGAUGACACUGGAGACACUCCGGAUCUUGGUGCUGCAGGGGAACCCGCUCUCUCUGCUCCCCGUCUAUCGGGGCUUCACCAUUGACAGCCUCCCACAGCUCUGCACCCUGGAUGACAUGACAGUGACUCCAGAUGAGAGGCGGUACUUCUUAGGCUUGGCACAUGAACCAGAGCUCCUGAGGCGCCACACGAAAAUUAUUGUCUCUGUUGGCAGAAUCCGAGGCGUUCCUUAUCCAGUAAUUCCUGAAGAAGUUGAAAGUGGGCCUGAAACGCCAAUCAUCACUUACAGCUACUAUGUGACGUACGAGUUUGCCAAAGGGGAAAGGACCCAGGAGAAGGAAUCUGUCAAGGUGGUGUUAUCCCAGCGCACGCCCUCAACUUUGCUGAAGACGAAGAGCUCCCCGGUGCUGAUGAAGCAAACCAGCAGCUGGCAGCCCCAGUCUCUGGAGGUGCUGUCGAAAACGGAGAUGCCUGCUCAAGCUGCAAAUGUUCAUUGCACCCCCCGAAAGCCCUGGGCAGAGACCAUCAAGUGUGAAUAUAGGAAAGAGCAUGUCACCAGAGACCUGAUUGCUUUGAAGGCCUAUCUUCUCACUGGGACCAAUGUGGCCAUUGUAGAGGAAAAGAUUGUGUCCUGGCCUAUUGUCGUCACUCCCGACGAAAGCCAAAACAAGAAAGGGAAGGGGAAAGCAGAGAAAAAGAAAGCAGAGAAGGAGAAAGCUGGCAAAGGAGAGAAAGGGAAAAAGGAGAAAGGAAAAGCGGAGAAAGGAAAAACAGAGAAAGGAAAAGACGCUGGAAAGGGUGGGAACAAGAAGAAGAAGAAAUCUCCUUCGCCAGAGCUACGAAGUGACCCCCCCAUCUUGAAAACCUUGGGUUCUGGCCACGUCAACCUCGACUCCCUUCUCGCCGGAGAAUCGCUGGUGGAUGUCGUGUGCAACUUUGGUAUCUUGAUCACAGACUUAAAUGCUCGUCCCCCCUCUGUGAAAGAAAAGGAUAGUAAAAAGGGCGGCAAAAAGGACAAGAAAUCAAAAAGUGGGACAGAGGUUGCAGCAGGCCGGAAAACCCCACCACCUGCGAAAGGAAAGGGAAAGAAGAAGGACUCUCCCGAAGGAGAAAGGAAGACUCCAUCGAACCAGCCGGUGCCUCUGAGUGUGGAAUUCCAAAUGCAGCACAUGAAAUGGGGUGCCGAUUCCCAAAUCCUCAUGAAGUCUUAAACAUUGGCAUCGCAGCCUGGCGAGCAGGACAGGUUUUCCUUUGGCAAAGGGCGCUGGCAUAACAAGGGGCUUCUCAAAACCUUCAUUGCUGUGUUUCUUCAUCUGUUGGAACUGGAAAGCCAGCUACUUUUGCCUCUUUUUCUGAGUUGGCAGGAUGCUGAUUUGUUUAUUAAAUAUGUAUAUCUCUCUCUGCAUUUGGGGAUAAAAUG